GUUUGACCUGCGCCUUCGAUUCCGAAAAGAAACAUACAACAAUUGUCGCAAAUCCUCUCUCCGCGAUCGAACACGUUGAGCCCGACUCUUAUUCUCGCGCAAAUAUUCUCCUCGAGACCACCUUCAACCCAGUACACCCACAGCACCCUUCCCAGCCGCCGCCAUGCCUCAAGCACAACCAGAACUCAGGAAGUACAUGGAAAAGCGCCUGUUUGUCCAACUCAACGCCAAUCGAAAAGUCAUUGGUAUCCUGAGAGGUUACGAUGUCUUUCUCAAUAUAGUCUUGGACGACGCCGUCGAAGAGAAGCCAGGCGGUGAACGCGAACGUCUAGGAAUGGUAGUCAUCCGUGGAAACAGCGUUGUUAUGCUCGAAGCCCUGGAGCGCAUGGGCGAUGACCGACGAUGAUCACCAAACGAAUCCUUCAAAGUAUCAAAAUUGACGGCGCAUUGGAAUUACCACGAUAAAUGUUGAUUGGCAUGGACGCGAGGCGCAGGCUCAAAAAAUCAUGUUCUCCUAAAGAUUCAUGAAAAUCGGGUACAAGGCUCUGGGCUUUUCCAAAAGAUGUGUUUGGUUUGAAUGCAUUACGAAUGCUACACUGUUAUACAAAACAUGCUAUCUGGGUAUCGACGGCGAACAAGCCUCUAUGGUGGAAAGUCUAAGAUUUCGGGUUGCGUCCGGGAGUGAAGUGUUGAUGACAAUGCGCAAUUUUCGCUGCAAACGAAUACUCGAGUUGUGAUCGAAUCGACACCCUUUGCCACCGAUUAGUCCUUCGGAGGAGGCUUCAAUUUGAGCACGACACGACCAGGCGCAGCACUCUGUGGUCGCGCUGCUGGUUGUUUUGGCGACGGCUGUGGCGGGGGAGGAGUGGGUGUGGGACGAGACGACUGCGAACCCAUCUUGAACGUCAAUUUCAAGCCUCCACUGCCACCAACACUGGGUCGAGAAGACAUCUCUGGACGAGCCACCGGCGGAGGAGGAGGAGGAGGUUGCCAUUUCGGUACGGCCUUCGCCCUGACUUUUUGAGUAGGCACGAAUCUGAGCUUGCCCUAAACAACACCGCGUUAGCUGAGAUUUAAAUCCAGAGUAAAAAGGAUAUUUUACCUUCC